AUGGACUCGCCGUUCCCCAAAUCAUCGUCAGCGCCCGGUGAGGGCCGCAUCGUCGCGCGGCUGCUGCCCAACGGCCAGCCCGGCUUCGAGUCGAUCACGUACCAGUAUCCGCUCAAGCUCAUCUCGCCGUCCCUGACGGCCGGCGAGAAGAGCGCGCUCGUGUUCCUGCUGUCCUACGGCGGCGGGCUCGUCGGCGGCGACCACGUCCAUCUCGAGAUCCUCGUGCGGCCCGACGCGCGUCUGAGCAUCGUCACGCAGGGCCACACGAAAAUCUUCAAGGCCGCCUCCAAGACCAUCGUCACGCGCCAGGCGCUGCGCGCCCGCAUCGCGGCGCACGCCGGCCUCUGCCUGCUGCCGGACCCCGUGCAGCCCUUUGACGACAGCGUCUACGAGCAGACGCAGCUCUUCACCCUCGCCCCGACCGCCUCGCUGUGCCUCCUCGACUGGGUGACGCAGGGCCGCUCGGCGCGGGGCGAAGACUGGGGGUUCGCGCGGUGGAAGGGCCGCAACGAGAUCUGGCUCGGCGGCGACGACGGCGACGGCGACGGCGACGGCGGCGAGAUCCAUGCUGCGGGCGCCGCGCGGCUGCUCGUCAGAGACACGGUCGUGCUCGACGAGCGGACGUCCGCGCUGACGGGCAGGCCUCUGCGCGGAUCCAUGCACGGCCACGGCGUCUUUGGGAGCCUCCUCUUGCGAGGGCCCCAGAUGCAGAGGCUGGGUGAAUUUUUCCUCGCCGAGUUUGGUCGUCUGCCCCGCCUCGGUGCGCGCGACUUCAGGACGGUGGAAGCUCGAGAAAAGGAGGAGACGGACCGGUCGGCCGAGGACUCGUGGCGUCUGCAGAGGCUCGCCAUGGAAAAGCAGCACGCCGUCCUGUGGUCGGCCGCCAGUGUCCGGGGUUGCGUCGUCGUCAAGUUUGGCGCUGCCACGGUCGAGGGCGGCCGUGUAUGGAUUGCCCACAUGUUGUCGAGGGAGGGAAGCAUCACGGAGCUCUACGGAGACCAGGCCAUGAUUUGUUUGCGGUAG